UCCAGUCAUCUCCGGACCUCCAUACCGUCACCAUCUCCUCCACGGCUAUCUCCAUCUCCACCACCACCACUACCUUGUGACACUACCUCUACUACUACUACUACCACCCCUACUACUACCACUACUACCGUUGCUAAUACUACCUGUUGCCCCCUCCUCCUCCUCCUCCUCCUCCUGCUUCACCGAUUGGGAGGGAGGAAACGAGUGGACGGAAGGAGGAAACGGAGAGAAGAAGUAAGGAAGCAGAGGAUAAGGAGAGCAGAACGAAGGGACAAGGAAAGGAAAGACAAGAAGGAAGAAAAGGAAACAAGGAAAGAGGAGUAAGGAAGAGAAGAGACAGGAAGAAUAAGUAACGAAGAGGAAGAGAAGGAGAGAAGGAGAAGCAUUAAGGAAGAGGAAGAGAAGGAAAGCAAGAGAGGAGAGAAAGAGUGAGAGAAGUAAAAAGUUAAAAGAAGAAAAGAGAAAGUGAGAGGAAGAAAAAGGAGGUGAAGAAAAAGAAUUAGUGUGUGUACAAAAGUUCAAUCUGAAGAAAAAGAAAACAAAAGCAGGAAAGAAAAGACAAUAAGGCAGAAAAUCGAUAAGCAGAAGGAAAAAAAAGGAAGACAAGAGUGGUAAUAAAGAAGAAGAAAAGAAGAAAAGAAUAACAACAGGGAAGAAAAAGGAGUAGGAAAAGAAAGACAGAGAAGAAAGAAACCCAGAGAAGGAAGAAAGGAAGACAAGAAAACAAUACUAACCGUGAUCCAAAGAAAGGUGAAAGUAAAGUAGAAAGAAGAAAAGAAGUAAAGGAAAAGCAAGAAAGAGUGACAAGGAAGACAAGAAGACAAAUGUAAGAAAGAACGAAGAAAGGGAAGAAAAGUAAGGAAGAAAGAAGAAAAGAAGACACAACUAACAGGCAUCAAAUAAAGAAGAAAGAAAAAAAAAGGAAAGGGGACGAAACCAGGAAAGAGAAACAGAGAAGAAGAAAACAAGAGGAAGACAAGCAAAGAAGACAAGGAAGGAAGACAGGGCGCCAUGAGCGGGUCUGGCAAGGGUCUGUUGGGGCUGUGGCUGUACAGGACGGGCGAGGAGUGGCUGCUGAAGGACCCACAGAAGGCACCUAAGCAGACCAACACCACCAAGUCAUCACCAGAGAAGGAGAAGGAGAAGAAUGGAGGUGUUGGUGGUGGUGAGGGUGGUGACGUGUACCACCCCUCGCAUAACUCCGUGGUGUUGAACCUUAAGAACCAGGUGGGCGGACUGGCGCGGGCCCUCAAGGUGUUCCAGGACAAGGGCGUGAACGUGGUGCACAUCGAGAGCCGCAAGUCCCGCCGCCGCGACUCCGAGUACGAGAUCAUGGUGGACAUCGAGUGCGACAACUCCCGCAUGGACCACCUGACCCGCCUGCUGCAGCGACAGAUGUCCUGCCUCAGCCUGCACGACUACGACCAGGGCGAGUCCUUCCCCGAGGAGAUGCCCGAGACCUUCAGCACCCAGGAGAGCUUCGACUUCAGCGAUCUGUGCCCCUGGUUCCCGCGUAAGAUCAGUGACCUGGACAACUUCCAGAAGGUGUUGAUGUACGGCUCUGACCUGGACGCCGACCACCCGGGCUUCAAGGACCCUGUAUACAGGAAACGUCGACAAGUGUUCUACGACCUCGCCAUGAAGUAUAAGUUCGGAGAAGAGAUACCCCGGGUGGAAUACACAAAGGAAGAAGUUAAAACGUGGGGCACCAUCUUCCGCGAGCUGUUCCGCAUGUACCCAAACCACGCGUGUCGGGAAUACAACAACAACUGGCCGGACCUCGUCAAGUACUGCGGCUACAGAGAGGACAACAUUCCCCAACUUGCGGAUAUCGACAAGUACCUCAAGCGCACCACCGGGUUCUCCCUCCGCCCCGUGGCCGGCUACCUCUCGCCCCGGGACUUCCUCGCCGGGCUGGCCUUCCGCGUGUUCCACUGCACUCAGUACAUCCGACACUCCUCGGACCCCUUCUACACGCCAGAGCCGGACUGUUGCCACGAGCUGCUGGGACACAUGCCCAUGCUGGCCUGCCCGUCCUUCGCCCAGUUCUCGCAGGAAAUCGGCCUGGCCUCGCUUGGCGCCAACGACGAGGACCUCAUGAAGAUAGCCACGCUGUACUUCUUCACCGUGGAGUUCGGGAUGUGCAAGGAGGACGGCAGGCUCAAGGUGUACGGCGCGGGGCUGUUGUCAAGCAUUGGUGAGUUCCGCCACGCCGUCUCGCCCGCCGCCCGCACGGAGCCCUUCGUCCCCGAGACUGUGUCCAAGGUGCCCUGCCUCGUGACAACCUUCCAGGAGCAGUACUUCUUCACCGACACCUUCGAGGAGGCAAAGGAGAAGCUGAGGGCGUACGUGUCGACCAUCCAGCGUCCGUUCGGCGUGCGGUACAACCCGUAUACUCAAAGCGUGGAGAUCCUCAGCAACGUGGAGAAGAUCGCGGCCCUCGUCUCGGAGCUGCGCGGCGACCUGUGCAUCGUACGGAACGCCCUCGAGAAGAUACACGACAACGACGACAACGUGGACAUCGAGAACUUCACGAGCCUCCUCACCUCGGCCCUCAAGACGGACUCUCCGCCCAAGGUGUGAAGGACGACCUCGAACUCUCCCUCUUACGCCUCGAAGUCCUAAUGGUGUUCCUCUUUUUCUCCCUCUUACUCCUCUUUAUCUUACUCUUGUUCCCCUUGUUCUUCGUUUCUUCUAUCAUUGUUAUGUUAUUUAUCUUUCUGUUUCCUCUGCUAUGAUUUUUCUCUUCUUUCUUUCUUCUUCAUUUCUCUCUAAGUCCUCCUCCUUUUCUUUCUUCUUCUUCUAGUCCUCCUCCUCUUCUUCCUUAUAUAAACCUCAGCAACACGUGUCAUAGAAAACGUAGCUUGCCAUGUAUUAUCCUAGCUUUAAAAGGGUGACUCUGGUAAUAAUGGUGAUGGUAUAAAAUGAUAAUGAUAAUGAUGACAAUGAUAAUGUUAGUUCAUAGUGAGCCGCCAUGCACCUACCUGUCUGUUUUAGCACCUGUCCUAAUUGCUUACCUAAUUAAUGGUUGAUUAUUCACUAACACCUGUUCGUAUAGUGACUUUAUUAGUAGCUUAGAGUGUUGAAGGUCAUUUAGAGUUUAUUCUGUACAUAAUAAUAUCGUAAUAGUAAUAGAAAUAAUGAUAGUUGUAAUUGUGUGUGUGUGUGUGUGUGUGUGUGUGUGUGUGUGUGUGACCCUCCAUGCCAGGUCACAGGAGGCUGGUGACCUGACACUGACCUAGAGUGACCCUACGUGGCCCUCCCCCCCUUUCCAUCCCUCCUCCUCCUCCUCCUCCUCCUCCACCUAUUCUACCUCCCUCUUCCCUUUCUCCAUAGAAGUCGACAUAUUAAUAUUUUUGUUAUUUUAUUCUGUGUGAGUUUAUUAAAUUGAGUGAAAUCCACAUGAAAACGAAUUAGAUAAGUAAAGUAACCAAGAAAAAUAAAACACACGGAUUAAUUGACUGCUGGAUAGACAGAUUAAAAGAUAUGUCGAUAAAUAGAUAGUCAGACAGAUAGACGGAUAGAUUUUCUUGAGUCUGUCUUAAAACUCAGGAAGGCUCGGUUUUCUUUACCAUGGAAGAAGGAGAGAGAGAGAGAGAGAGAGAGAGAGAGAGAGAGAGAGAGAGAGAGAGGAGUCUAUUUGUAUGUAUGUAUGUAUGAUGAUUUCCCUUACGAUUUGAUUCUCUUAAUGUUUAGCAAUAACAUCAUGAACGUUAUCCAUAGUAUGUAUACAUAGUUGUAUGCGUAUAUAUACACCGCAUAUGUGUGUGUAUAUAUUCGCAUACAUAUUAUUAACAGAUAACUAUGUAUGUGUGUGCACUGGCAUGUGUGUAUAGCCGACGGAUAGAUCGCAUACACAACCUUCAGAGUGUAUAAUUGUAGGCGUGUGUAUGUAUGUAUGUAUACGACUCUUUAUUCUCGUUCAUACAUAUGUUAUCCAAAGCCCUUAUGCAAGAGUCAAGCAGCAUCUUCAUUCUUUCAUCCUUGUGCUAUCCAAAUCACUUGGGCAAGAGGUACCCAGCAUCUUUAUUCUUUCAUCUCUCUCGCUUGUAAACUCAGGAACAGCCUUCUUGUAUUGUCUUUCCUCUUGCCCACGACUUAAAUCUGGGAUGCCGUGGCCGAGUUGUCAGCGUGCGGGCGUGGUGAGCCCAUGGACCUGGGUUCGAGCCCUACCGAAACACGCUGAUUUGUCGAGACAUUGCCGAGUGGCGGAAGAUUACCCACAUGCUGCCCAGGUCCCCAAUCAACCCUAACUUCAGCGACUUGGAUCAAGACGAGCACCGGGGGGCAGCAUGGCCCAAGCAAGAGUCACACAUCACGGCAGAUACUAUAAAUAAAAUUCGCCUGCGUCACUAACGGGCUGGGGCCGUCCAAGAGCCCCCACAAGAGACCCUACCGACGUAAAAAAAAUCAACAGGAGAGCAUCAAGACACAUCACAUGACUAUCCGCUGUGGUUUGAACCCUUGAACUAAACAAGAUUAUUAUUAUUUCAUUGAUUUCUCCUUUAUUGUGCAAUUGAUCUCCCUAAAUCCUAUGCAUUAAUGUGCACGGCGACGGCUAGUGUAUGGCGAUGUAUAAGUAUGCAUAAGGGUAUAGCCGGCAUCGAGAUACAUACACUUACAUACACAGCGUAAAUAUCCACGUGUAUAACGAAGAUUAGCGUAUACGUUAUAACUAUACAAGAGAAUUAGUGGUGUUAUAAUAUUUAGUUAAUGAUGAUAAGUUAGCAUUGUGUGUGUGUGUGUGUGUGUGUGUACAUAAUUUUGUGUAGUUAGAAUAAACGUC